AAAAAAUAAAAAGCUGAAUUUUUCUCUCUUCUUCUUCUUCUUCUUCUUCUUCUUCUUCCAUUUCUCUCUUGAUGCUCUGAACUCUGAAGUGAAUUCACACUGUAGGAGCUGAGUGCUGAGAGAAGAAGGGGUUGCUUUAUACCGUCAUUUGAGUAUCUAUGCUCAAUAAUUUUGAUUUCUUGAGAAACCAAGCUUGUUGAAGAACGGUUACUAUGGACGAAUUUCUUGACCAAAUUUUCUCAUCCUCGUCACGGCCAGAUGUUAGUACUGUAGAAAGGUCCUCUUGGGGUCGCAAUGGUCUUGCUCAGAAUGAUGGACUACUAACUGAUUGUUUAGGAAUGUUUGAAGGGGGUGAGAGGAAUUUACCGGUGAACAUGCCUCCUUCAAGUCAAUGUAUGGACAAACUAGCCACUAGCUAUGAUUUCAGCAAGGAUUUACUUACUGAUGAACCUCAAUUUCUAGGUGAGGUUUUCAACCGGGAUAUACAGUCCUUAUACGGAGCAGAAUUGGUAAAUGCUGGUAACAUGAACUCUAGCUACAUGAGUAUGCAGUCGAAUAUGUAUCUGUCAACCCUUGACUCACUGAGCCGUAGCUCCCCUGAGCUGGUUCCUGUUGUAAGUGGUUCAGAUCAGUCACCUUGUGCGCUUCGGGAAUCUGGUUCAGUUGGAAGUAAUGACUCUGAAGCAUCAGGGAUUCAUCUAUCUAUUGGAGAAUCUAACUCAUUUACUUCAAUUCCGCAGUUAUGGACUACACCAUCAUAUGGGGGUGUUCCUUCAUUGCCCCCUGUUAUUGAGCAAGAUAAAUUACAAGGGUUUGGUUUGCAAGGAGAUUUUGUGGAGACUGAUGCAAAUGGUUUCGGGAUUGGGGAUGAUAAAAAUCUUAAUGUCAGGAAUUUCAACUCAUUGACAUCUGCACAAGAGGAGUUAAAUGGAUUGCCUUUCUUCGUUCCUAAUAAUCAAAUUCCAGUGGCAAGAACGCAUUCUCAGAUGCAGUUGCCACAAUUGAGUGAAGGAAACCCUACCGCUCAUUAUACAGACCAGAAUCCUGUGUCUCAGCUUCCACAUUCUUCUGUUACUCCUGGUGGUGGGUGCAAUGGAGACACAAAAUCACGUACAAGGGCACGCAGGGGUCAUGCAACUGAUCCACACAGUAUAGCUGAACGGCUCCGAAGAGAAAAAAUUGCCGACAGGAUGAAGAAUUUGCAAGAACUGGUUCCAAAUGCCAGUAGGGCUGAUAAAUCGUCAAUGCUCGAUGAGAUCAUUGAAUAUGUCAAAUUUCUUCAGCUUCAAGUCAAGGUUUUAAGCAUGAGCAGGCUUGGAGCAGCAGGUGCAGUAGUUCCCCUCAUUACAGAUGGUCAACCUGAGGGCUCGGGUAAUCUACUUUUAACUGGUCAAGAAGGUGAUCAAUCAGAUUCCGAAGACAAUGCUGCAUUUGAAGAAGAAUUAGUGAAGCUGAUGGAAUCCAAUGUGACAGCAGCUAUGCAAUUUCUUCAAACCAAAGGUCUCUGUCUCAUGCCCAUUGCUCUUGCAGGAGCCCUCUCUUCCAAGAAAGAAGCAUCAAGCCCAGACUCAUCCGACAAAAAGAAGCCUUACUUCACCAAUGGCCAUCUUCCUCACAACAACAACCCACCUUCUGCCAAUUCAAAUGGUCAUAAUUUUUCUCCCAAUGGGAACACAAUGCAGAGACAAAACACUGUUAACAACUGUUUUAACAAAGAUGUUAAACAAGAAAACACGGCAAAUGCAAGAGUAUACAGAAUUGAUUAGUUAGUAUACAGAACUGAUUUUCCCUUUGUUUUCUGACAUUUUAGAUUUCUAUUCCUAGUUUCGAGUUGAUUAAUUUUUUUUAGGUUUCGUUGAAAACAUGAGCAGCGAUGAUCUUGUUUUUUUGUUCAUUCUGUAUACAUGCAUACCAUACAUUGUACAUGCACUUUACAUGUAUUUUGUGGAUGUUUGUAUAUUUGAUCGAAAUUAGAAGUAAAUAAAUCUCUUUUGCCAUAGUUAUUCCAA